UUUUCGUUUCCUUUUAAACUCCAAACUGAAAGAAAAUAAUGAAAAAAAACUCUUGACACCACUCAGUAACUCGCUUCAUGCUGACAUGAACCGGUAAACAGACGCGUCUGCGGCGGAGGUUCCGUCCCGAACUGGGUUACAAAAGUCCAUAUUGACUUUUUUUUUAACACAGUUUCACCACGUGUUGAUGUAACGCUCGAAAACUAGAAUGACUAAAAUCAUUCAAAUUUGUACCAUUUGUAAUAUAAAAUGGACCCGAAAGUAAAACAUUUUUUGGACCCUUUUUUUUAGUUUUAUAAGAAGAAAUAAAUUACUGAAUUCAUAAUUUGUUAUUACACAGUGACUGGUGUGUACUUAUACAGUAUUAUCAAGUAAUUACUAUUUUUUUCUGCUUUGAUUUUGAACAUUUUAGUUUAUUUGGCUAGAUUGUAUUUCACUAUGUAAUGGUCUUUAGUCACCAAUGUACAUGCUAGUUUCUCAUCUAUGCUCUAAGAUGUGGCUCUAUUUUUGGUGCCUGCUGGUUAAAUAGUUAUUGCCCCAUUUUUGACACUGGAAACAACACGUGGUCUGCAUUUUAGACUUGUAGGACAAAGGGCACAUGAUGUGAAGUAGGACCACCAGGGUGGGCCGGCCUAAAGCAUCACCCAACAGCAGUAUAGGAGCCUUAUUCCCAUGGACAAUAAAUCAUGGAGACAUAACAGCCUUUAUCUUUUCAUGAUUUAAAUCUGAAACGCUUGUUUAGGUGCAUGAUAUAUUGGGAAUAUUGUCACCAUUGUUUUCAUUAGAUUUAGAGACUUCUCAUUUGUUCCACUUCGAUGGGCUGGUGGGAGUAGAUGCUGUCAUGAGGAGAACAUGUGCUUCCUGACGUGAUGAUCUUUUUCGAUGGAGAAGUGACAGCAACUGCCUGUGUGUCCGGCUCGGUGUCUGCAUGCAGGGAAUGACGACUCAUUUCAAGACCAGUAAAGCGUUCAAGGUCAAGAGGGAGGUCGGCGAGAAUGCCUCGGUGCUCAGCGACGACGAGCUGGUGGCCAUGUCCGUGCGGGAGCUCAACCAGCACCUCCGUGGCCUGACCAAAGAGGACGUGGUCCGGUUAAAGCAGCGGCGCCGGACCCUGAAGAACAGGGGCUACGCUGCCAGCUGCCGCAUCAAAAGAGUGACCCAGAAGGAGGAGCUGGAGAGACAGAAAACAGAGCUGCAGCUGGAGGUGGACAAGCUGGCCCGGGAGAACGCCAGCAUGAGGCUAGAGCUGGACGCGCUGCGGGCCAAGUACGAGGCGCUGCAGUGUUUUGCUCGGACUGUGACCCGCGGGCCUCUGUCGCCGGGUAAGGUGGCCACCACCAGUGUCAUCACCAUCGUGAAGUCGGCCAAUCACAACAGCAGCAGCCCCACCCCUUUCUCCGCGCCCUCCUAGUCCUGACAGGACUGGGCUCCUCUUCCCCUGCCUGGUCCUUUCCUUGGUUCUGACCCGUCCCACUCUCCCUGUAUACUGAGAGGAAGCUCAGUAGCUAGACUGGAGGAUCGAGUGGGACAGCGCCACGUCAUGUUAUGCUACAUGCAUCACUCUCCGCCCACACAAGCAGCAGUACACUGUCCAUCAGCGGGACUCUUUGACCCGAAUGACCUUUCAGGAAACGAAUAUGCCUUACCCUGGCACCAGAAGCUGGAUCAAAACCUGAUGGGAAGUGUCUUGUCAAAUGCUUUUUCGCCUUAACGGAUCCAAGAGUGGUCCAAAAGAACCGUCCUCACGGGUCACAUGAGCCUUGAAACCAAGAACUGAAACACCUACAACUGACGCCGCCACGAACAUCAGAACCGGACGAAUCAAGCAAAAGGGAUCCAACUAUUUGUCAUUAGAGCGAAACAGAAAGAGGUUCUUUGUAGAGAAAGAUGGUUUCGUGACAGCGUUUCAACCUCAUGUGUCAAGUUUCAUGUGAGAUUCUGCACCAAAUGUGUAUUUCCUGAGUCAGAAAUGCUGUUCCAGCCCUUUAGAUUAUACACCAGUAUAAAGACAUUUUAAGUGCUCCAGUCAAAUGGCCGGAGACACUUAACACACUUACACUUAAUUCAAUUAUAUUUUUAAAAAUGGUACAAAUAAUAUUACAUUUUUAAGUGAUUAAUAUGAAUCAUAUUGCAAGUAGGAUAAUAGCUCAAGUUAAAGCACUUAUUAGAAAACUACCAAAGCACGCUGGAGUUAUUUGAUGCAAGAUUUUUUAAAAUCCUUUUCCCAAAACAUUCUUUUUAAUUAUAAUAAAUAAAAUAGAAAAUGUGGUCUAACAAUCCAAUUUCUAAAGCUGGUUGUUACUUAAAAGUUAUUGUUGUCAAUCAAAGCAAUAUUUCACAAUAUUCAUGAGAACUUUUUCUGAGUUACUUAUGUGAAUUAUAUAUUAUUUUUUCAAUGUAUUUUCAUUGUGUUUAAACAAAAUAAAAAAGUUACAUAUUUUAUUUGAUAUAAGUAUAUGUAAUUCAAAAUAAAACGUUAGUAUUAUGCAAUUUUUUUUUUUUUUUUUAAACAUGUUUUCUUCAUCAAGUGGCUUCAGCCUGCUUUGGUAGUGAACUGUAACAUGACAGUCUAAUGGAACUUGUAGUGAUAGUUUAGAGGAUGUUUUCGGGGGAUUCUCCAGUCAGUGCAGCACUUACAUCUCAUGGAAAAUAAUCCAUAUUGGAUAUCAAAAUGCUUUAAAACCCGAGGAAAAGAACGAGCGAACCAGCGCCCACUGCCUCCGCCGUCACUUCAGAUCUCCGUCCAGAUCGAAAUCAUUCCUCGUCCAGGGUCGGGAGACGCCUGCUGACCAGCAGCUGUUCGCUUCCGCUUCCGCCACUCCUGACAGUGUCGCCUUGGCAACCAGUUACCAUCUUAUUUAACAAGUCACUUGAAACCAGAGGAUCCAUUCCUACUUUGGAGUGAAGU